CUUGUUGAAAACAAGCCGAUCAGCUGAUCUGACCUGGUAGCGUAGAUGUACUGAAUUCUACCGGGGAGGGGGACUAUCAUAAACAAGCUGGUUGAAAAUAAUGACUCUAUCGCAACCUACAGAAUAUCUAAAAUUAAUGGUCUUGAAUGCGCAUUUGGUAUAAUGAUCCGACCGUGUAGUUGGAGGGCGAAGAUAUUGCUAAGUCAGCUGUUAGCGCAUUGCCUGUUUUUUAAUGUUGUUCUCUAGCCUGCCUGCUAGGUCACAGCCUUUGGACAACAAAUGUGUUGUGGUUGAAAAAUAUAUUGGAUGUAUCGUAAUGAAGAAGACUCGUGUGUGAGUGGUGUAACUAAACUGUGUUUCUAAGUUGAUACAGAAUCGUAAUGUUUUACAUGGUGCCUGUAACCUUGCUUAUUUCUUUGUGAUGCUAGCUGGAAGUUCGAGCCAACUAGCUAUUCGGACAAUAGUGGGGUACACAAACAAGUCUAGUUGUUAGUUAAGUGGGAAAUGUGCGCUAUUUAACUUGUCCACAGAAAACGGGACAGCGAUAUUGCUUGUAGUUGGUUAUGAUGCACAUUUCUUUCCUUCAGCUUUUAAUUGACUCCGUAAGCUUAAGUUGUAAGGUACGAAUUUCUGCUAAACGGAAUUGCUGAAUUUCAUUAUUGUGCGAAUAAUGUGUACGUUUGCGGUGUAACUUUUCAUAUUGUCACGCAUUCCAUGUUAAGCACAGAGUCAGAGCUGGAUUCUGUAAACCUCCCACGCAUUGUUAGUCUGUAGAUCGCUGUAGCUGUGCGUUGGUCUCUUUGCUCUUGUGCACUAUAGAUCACAAAAUUAAUGGAUGUAUGUGUUCAUAAAUGACAGUCUCCGCACUUAACUUGCAGGGCAGCGAUGAGUGGCCAAGACAAAAGUACGGUAACUAUGCUUGUCUGUCAGGAAAGCUACGCGUGUGGCGGCUCGGACGAGGCCGCGUAUGAGUGUGACGAGUGCGGUAGUCUGCAGUGUGUACGAUGCGAGUUAGAACUCCAUAGGCAGGAGCGCAUGAGGAACCACGACCGUGUUCGCAUUUCGCCGGGGCAUGUUCCCUUCUGCGAUUCGUGCAAAGGAGACAACGGCUCUCCCUUGAACGGCGGACGUCUACGGGCCGUAGUCCGUUGUCAGGGUUGCAAAAUCAACGUGUGCCUGGACUGUCAGAAGCGUACCCACAGUGGUGUUAACAAACGGAAACACCCAAUGACACCCUAUCCGCCUGCCAAACCCCCAGAGAAGAACCCUGGAGUCGGCGAUGGAGAUUUGGAAGCGCUUAAAAACAAGCUCGAGAAGGUCUGCAGCUUCCUUCUCGUGGAUGAAAAGGAAGAGAUGAAGGUGAAGGAUGAAGGGGACUUUGUGCAGCGUCUGGGCUGCGGUGCGGAAGAGCUCCUGAAGGUUGUGUCCAUCUUCGGCAACACAGGCGAGGGCAAGUCCCACACCCUCAAUCACACCUUCUUCCUGGGCCGCGAGGUCUUCAAGACCUCCCCGACCCAGGAGUCCUGCACGGUGGGCGUCUGGGCCGCUCUGGACCCCCUCCACAAGGUGGUGGUGGUGGACACCGAGGGCCUCUCGGGCGCCGGGGCCAACCAGGGCCAGCGCACGCGCCUCCUGCUGAAGGUCCUCGCCGUGUCAGACCUGGUCAUCUACCGCACGCACGCCGACCGGCUCCACGACGACCUCUUCAAGUUCCUGGGCGAUGCCUCUGACGCGUACCUCAAACACUUCACCAGGGAGCUGAAGGCCACCACCACGCGCUGCGGCCUGGAUGUGCCGCUGUCCACCCUGGGCCCCGCUGUCAUCAUCUUCCACGAGACGGUGCACACCAAGCUGCUGGGCUCAGACAAACCGUCAGAGUCGUCAGCAGAGAGGCUGCUGCAGGAGCGCUUCCGCAAGCUGGGGCUGUUUCCUGAAGCCUUCAGCUCCAUCCAGUACCGCGGCACGCGCACCUACAACCCCCCAACGGACUUCAGCGGCCUGCUGAGGAACCUGGAGCAGCAGCUGGACAACAACACCACCCGCUCGCCCCGCUCAGCCAGUGUCGUCUACAAGGCCUUACAGGCACUGAGUGAGCGCUUCAGCGGGGAGAUUCCAGAGGAGUACAUGGCCAGCAACUCCUUCUUCCCCGACGAAUACUUCACAUGCUCCAGCAUCUGCCUCAGCUGCGGGUCGGGCUGCAAGAACAGCAUGAACCACCUGCGGGAGGGGCUCCCCCACGAGGCCAAGCAUCGCUGCCGAUACUCCCCUCACUAUGACAACCGCAUCUACACCUGCAAGGCAUGCUAUGAAAAGGGCAAGGAGGUCAUCGUAGUUCCCAAGACAACGGCGUCCUCUGACUCGCCAUGGUUUGGCCUGGCCAUCUACGCCUGGUCGGGGUACGUCAUUGAAUGUCCAAACUGUGCCGUGAUCUACCGAAGCAGACAGUACUGGUAUGGGAACCAGGACCCCGUGGACACAGUGGUCCGCACCGAAAUCCAACACAUCUGGCCAGGGUCUGACGGCUUCCUGAAGGACAACAACAACGCAGCUCAGCGUCUCCUGGAUGGCGUGAGCUUCAUAUCACAGUCCUUCUCCGAGCUCAGCGUCAAGCCCACCAAAGCAGUCACCUCCUGGCUGACCGACCAGAUCGCCCCGGCCUACUGGAAGCCCAACUCCCUCAUCAUGAAAUGUUACAAGUGCGGCGAGGAGUUUCGGGACGGCGACUCCAAGCAUCACUGCCGUGCGUGCGGAGAGGGCUUCUGUGACGCCUGCUCGUCCAAGAGCCGCCCCGUGCCAGAGAGAGGCUGGGGACUCGGCCCCGUGCGCGUCUGUGACGCCUGCUUUCAGAACAGAGGCAUCCCCGAAGCAGAGCUGCUGGACGCCGCCUUGGAGGAGGAGGAGGGCGGGACGCUGAUCCCACGCAAAGUAGGAGAGGUGGUGCAGAACACGCUGGGAGCCGUGGUCACUGCCAUCGACAUCCCCCUCGGCCUGGUGAAGGACGCUGCCCGGCCUGCCUACUGGGUUCCCGACCAGGAUAUCCGCUGCUGCCACCAGUGCCAGCGGGAGUUCAGCGCCCGCCUCUCCAUCCACCACUGCCGCGCCUGUGGCCAGGGCGUCUGCGACGACUGCUCCCAGGACCGCCGCCCCGUGCCGUCCCGCGGGUGGGACCACCCCGUGCGCGUCUGCUCCGGCUGCAGCCAGAAGGGGGGAGAGCUUUAGCUAAGCCAGACGGGGAUAGUGGGGUUAUGGGGAUAACCGGAGAGGGGGUGCUGGAGGGAUGGAGGACGUGAGAGAGGUGGAGGAGGAGGAAAUGGAGAAGUGAUGAGAGAAAAGACCCCAGGCCUUCAGCAUACAGACGGUGGAGGGGAGGAGGAGGAGGAGAGCAAUGAAGGAGCAGUAAAGCCUGAAGGGUAGAAGACCCACCCACCCACACGCACACACCUACACACACUGGGGCCUCCGAUCAUGCCCAGUAAACAUCACCUCACCCCACCCCACCCGACCCCACCCCACCUACACUAUCUUGACCAAGAGUGGCUUGAUCAUGAUCUGGUUUUGGUUGUACAUGAGGCCCGAGUUUGAAAAAAAAAAUGCUUUGGCUGGGCUCAUGUUGUCAAGUUGUAGGCAGCUGCUGUGGCUAGUUUUGUGGGAUUGUGUUGACUGAAAUGAAAAGUAGCUUUUGCCUGUACUAUACCACCCAGCCCACCCCACCCUCUCUCUCCCUCCCUCUCUCUCUCUGUACACAAUUUCUAUGUUGAGUCUUUCCAUGAAGGUGGUUACCUGCUCUCUGGUUAUUUUCUGAGAUAGCACAAGGAGACACUUGCACACAUACGGUUUGUUCUGCAUCUAAAACUUAAUUCUGACACGACAUGGAACAAAAACUGACAAUCUCUCUGCAGUUCGCCGGCUGACUGAUGUGUCCACCAAUCACGGAUGAGUACAGACACACAAGCACACUGGCUUUGGUUAAGGUCGAACUUGCACACUGGCUAUAAAGCUGAGGCACAUCAUUUCAUGUUCUCAUUUACAAAAAGAAUCAUUUGGAUAGCAUUCAACGCUUUCCUGAGUUCUUCUGGCCUGAUGUGAGGGAAGAAGGAGGUACACCUCUGGAUCGCUCAGUGAGAAUAUUUGAAGCGCAUUUAAACAAAGCUUUCAUGAUUGACAAUAUAAAUGCUUGUGGAGUGUGUGUGUCUAGCACCUGCAUUGUACUGGAUGUACUUCCACUUAAGCUUUAGCCAAAACCUCCAAAACGCCUUAUCAGCUCCUGUUCACCUAUUAUAUCCAAUUAUGACUUUAGAACAGGAGACACUCAGAGCAGGUACACCUUCCCCCCCAAAAACAAUCAAGGAUGUUAAAAUCAAGUUCCCUGUCCAAAUCAUAGACGACAUUUCAGUCUUAGUAGUAAUAAGGCCCAUCUCAGUGCUAUCAUGCUUUGAAUUUUUUUAUUUGACAUUUGCCAUUCACUCAUCAUACCACCCACCUUGCAAUGUCCACAGCCUGGAAAACCAGCCCCUCAUUCUUAGUCACUUUGUACAGAGUGCAGCUUCUGGUCUUUGGAAAUGUUCUGCACGGGUGGAAUCUCACCUAACCAAUCGGCUAACAGUCAGCGGGAGUGUUAAUGAAUGAUAAAUGGGUGCUACCAGAGCCAUGGAGGCCAGACAUAAUCCCAUUGACCUCCAUUUCCAUUUCUUUCCACAAAGAUGGCGGCUCAUGGAGCCUUUGACACACAGGUCACCAUUGACAAAGUUCAAAUAUAGUUACUAGAAGUGAGCGCCGAACAGAGAUGCUAAAAGCUAAAGCUAAAAGUAAUUUCAUUUUCAUUCAUUUUUACGUCAUCUUUGCUUGUUAUGUGGUGAUUCUAUGUUAGACUCUAUUGAAAAGAAAGCCGCUGCCUAGAAUUAUUUGAACCUACAUAAAUCAUGUCACCAACCACCAACUUCCUGUACCCUAGUUGUCACAACACUUGACUACACUUGAAUAGUAGUCCCUAUGCUCUAGGCUAGUAAACUAGACCAACCCCAUACCGGCACAAUAUCAUUUUCGGCUGGUGUGUUGGUGAGCAUCGCACCACUGGAGAUAAUCGCAACUGGUCCAUGAACCCGGCCUGGAACAGUUUUGAAUCUGUGUAUAGCAAGUCAUUGGGAUGGGCUCAGAAGAGUGACAAUGCAGUUUGAAUGCUAACUGUGGGUUUCACAGCUUUACCUAUGGUGCAAGCCCAGAAUAUACAUUUCAUGUAGUCUAGCUUGCUAUGUAGGCUUAUUGAUUAGAUUAUUAGUAGAUGUGGGAUAAUGGCACAUCCUGUCAUUUUAAUAAACCUCAGCACAGUCCAGACCUCCAGGAACAAAACAUUUCUCUUUGCCGCACAACCAGAAACACUUUGUAUGAAAUGAAGUAGCGCAUGAGGGCCUGGUUUACAGAGCAGGGACGACCGACCCACCUACCCACCCAUGUUUUCCCACAUCUUUUUACGUAGCACUCUUAGAUAGAUUUCAUUACGUAUGUAUUGAUUGUAUUGAUAAUGAAUUGCCCAUGAAACACAGAUCAUUGAGGAGUGAUCAACUGUCGUGGUCUGCUGGCCAUCAUUUUGUUAUGGAACUGUACUCGAAUAGGCAAUGCAACUUUUUUUUAGGUUUUUAAAAGGGUUUUUUCUUGCUUUUUUUCGCUGACUAUUGAGUUUUUCUUGUCUUUUAAUUGUCACCCUGUCAUCACAUCAAAAACUGCUUCAGAAACCGGUCCAGAACUCUUCAGUUUAAUACAUUUAAAAAAGGUUGAGCUUGAAGCUGGACUAUUGCCUACCAUCACAUCUCAUCGCACAGUCAGACUAGA